UGAUUUGAGCUUGGUAUUAAUUAGAUUUCAAAGUGCGGCGGCGGGAACUUCACGUUUUGGGUCAAGGACACGACGGGUUAUAUAGUCGCAGAUGUCACCCACCGGACAUAUAUCCAAAUCAAAGACGCCCACGCCACACGAUAACGAUAACAAUAGCAUAAGCGACGACCGCGAAACAUGGAGCGGCAAAGUGGAUUUUUUAUUAUCGGUUAUUGGAUUCGCCGUCGAUUUAGCAAACGUCUGGAGAUUUCCCUAUUUGUGCUACAAAAAUGGCGGUGGCGCUUUUCUUGUGCCCUACGGCAUUAUGUUGGUGGUCGGUGGUAUUCCUCUAUUCUACAUGGAAUUGGCCCUGGGGCAGCACAAUCGUAAGGGAGCCAUUACGUGCUGGGGUCGCCUAGUGCCACUCUUCAAAGGAAUCGGCUAUGCCGUGGUGUUGAUAGCCUUCUAUGUGGACUUCUACUAUAAUGUGAUUAUUGCCUGGUCGUUGCGUUUCUUUUUUGCAUCCUUCACCAACUCGUUGCCUUGGACGUCAUGCAAUAAUGUUUGGAACACACCAAAUUGUAGACCGUUCGAGAGCCAAAAUAUUUCUCGUCUUCCGCUGAUAGGCAACUACAGUGACUACUAUGUGUUGGGCAACCAAACCCUGCUCUACAAUGAGUCGUAUGUAAAUGGUUCAAUAACAAGUUUGGAGUCACCUUCGGGUGGUCACAUGGAGGGUUUUCAGUCUGCUGCUUCAGAGUAUUUUAACCGCUACAUUUUGGAGCUCAACCAGAGCGAGGGAAUCCACGAUUUGGGGGCCAUUAAAUGGGACAUGGCGCUGUGCCUUCUGAUUGUCUACUUAAUCUGUUACUUCUCCCUGUGGAAGGGCAUCAGCACUUCGGGGAAGGUGGUCUGGUUUACGGCCCUCUUUCCCUAUGCGGUGCUACUAAUUCUACUGAUCAGGGGCCUCACACUGCCCGGAUCUUUUCUGGGCAUUCAGUAUUAUCUGACGCCCAAUUUUAGUGCCAUCUAUAAGGCUGAGGUGUGGGUGGAUGCUGCCACCCAGGUGUUUUUCUCCUUGGGUCCAGGAUUCGGAGUGCUCUUAGCAUAUGCAUCCUACAAUAAAUAUCACAAUAAUGUGUACAAAGAUGCCUUGUUAACCAGUUUCAUCAAUUCGGCAACCAGUUUUAUAGCAGGCUUUGUGAUAUUCUCCGUGCUGGGCUAUAUGGCUCACACUUUGGGUGUGAGAAUUGAGGAUGUGGCCACUGAAGGACCUGGUCUGGUUUUUGUGGUAUAUCCAGCUGCCAUUGCCACCAUGCCGGCCAGCACUUUCUGGGCACUCAUAUUCUUCAUGAUGCUGCUCACUUUAGGUUUGGAUAGUUCGUUUGGUGGCUCCGAGGCUAUCAUCACCGCCUUGAGCGACGAGUUCCCAAAGAUCAAGAGGAACCGGGAGCUGUUCGUUGCCGGCCUGUUCUCAUUGUACUUUGUGGUUGGACUGGCCAGCUGCACCCAAGGUGGCUUCUACUUCUUCCACCUGCUGGAUCGCUAUGCUGCCGGCUACUCGAUCCUGGUGGCCGUAUUCUUCGAGGCCAUCGCCGUUUCCUGGAUCUAUGGAACGAAUCGUUUUAGCGAGGACAUCAGAGAUAUGAUUGGUUUUCCACCAGGAAGAUACUGGGUGGUGUGCUGGCGCUUCGUGGCUCCGAUUUUCCUGCUCUUCAUCACGGUUUACGGCUUGAUUGGCUACGAACCAUUGACAUAUGGCGACUACGUGUACCCACGAUGGGCCAACGCUCUAGGAUGGUGCAUAGCCGGUUCGUCAGUGGUAAUGAUUCCGGCGAUAGCUAUAUUCAAAUUACUUUCGACGCCGGGCAGUCUGCGACAGAGACUCACCAUUUUGACCACACCGUGGCGGGAUCAGCAAUCAAUGGCAAUGGUGCUGAACGGGGUCACCACCGAGGUCACCGUGGUGCGAUUAACCGACACGGAAACCGCCAAGGAACCCGUCGAUGUCUGAGCUCGACCAAUGGCUCGUUUUCAAAUUUACUACGUUUAGAUUUGGAAAUUUACCAACAACUCACGUUCACGUACUUGUGGCAUUGCAGGAAAGUUAGUGUUUUUCGUUCGACAUUAGGAGCAGGUCCUGCAGGAUCGGCAAUUUUCGCAAACAACGUACUUAGGUUUCGGCACCGAAAGUGAAAACCAGCAAGCGAGAGUAGCUUCAAACCAAUAGUAGUCCUAGGUUUAAAAUUAGCUUGUAGUUCGUAUGGUUAAUGCCAGCUAUAGCAUACACAUAUAUAUAUACAAUGCUGUGUAGAUAAUACCAAAUCCGAAAGUACGAAACACUCGUCAGAUAGUCUUCAAGUGGAAUUCUCGAAGGGAAAGUUUGCAUAUGCCAAUGGAAUUAACGACACGAUCACGGCUCAAAUCGGGCAUAGAAUUUGUACAUACACAAGUAAAGGUGAUGUAAAAGCUUUAAACACGUUGUAGGACAUCUCAUGGAACUGAAGCAAAAGCUGCCACAGUUGAACCACAAAAUGCCCUCAAACAGCCAUGAGGGCAUUUUGUCAUAUGCAGAGGUUUGUUCUAGACUAAUUUCACCCCCGUCCAAGCAACUGCGAUUGUUUGCUUAAAACAGCCAUUUUAAGCAAUCAAUUGGGAGUUAUCAAACAUUCCCAAUUCAAAAAUCGUUUCUGUAUAUAGAUUUUUGAUAUUUUAGAAUUGUUUUAAGAGUUUUUACACGCUGAAGCAGAACUAACAGCCAUGAGUUCU